UGUCUAGCGUGUGUAGUACACACACACACACACAUGGUUAAGAUUUAGUUAGUCCUGGUUGGUUCCAACAGGAAGCUGCCGCAACACGUUGGAGGUAUCAAUAUUCUGCUGGUCAGAGGAAACGAGGGAAGACAAGAAGGGGAAAAAAGACGGAGAGGGAGGAGGAAUGAGGCUCGAACGCUGUGCGCAAGUGUGCAAGGCAGAAAAGCGAGUGAGCGAGCAAGCGAGAGAGAGAGAAACAGCACUGAUGAUCGACGCCAGGCUGCCACCACUCUGUAGCGGUGAGUGGCUGCAACAACGAAAGCUCAGAAUAACAUCCCUGGCUUUCCUGCUCGUCGUUUCUCUCUGCCACUGCCUGCCUGCGUCGUUAGCUGGCUGCUCGGGACGCCCAGAGCCUAUAGGAGAAGAGCAGCACUCUGAUCGCUGCAGUAGGCUGUGUUGCCACCACACCACGGACCGACUAACCCAACGGCUCCCUGCCUGCCGCGUCUCCCUGCCAUCAACAAGUUAGGGACUGGACGGUUAAGGGAAUGACCCACCCCCCAACCAAGAGGGGCACCAUUUGAUCCUCAAUUAACCAAUUGAGCUGACAUCAUUGCAGUGGAAGACGAAGGAGAACGAAGGGAACAAAACAAAAGGAGAGGGGGGGGGGGGGGGGGGGGUUGAACAGCAGCGAGUGGCUGCAUUCCCCAGCCAGGGCGCUUUGGAUACAAAUCAUCAACUUAAAAAAAGAUAUAAACUAUUGAUAAAAUGAAAAUGCACCCUUUUUUUUGUUGUUGUUGGAUAACGUGGGAUUAAAACGACACAAGGAAAGAGUAAACAAAUAGAAACCGACAACAUCGACAUGGGAUUUGUGAUUUUGUUUCAAUUGGGAGGGCUUAAGAGCAACGCCGCCACUUCGUUACUUCAGGAAGAGAAGAGCCCGGUUCCUUUUGCGAUUUCUACUCAAAAGGGCUUUUCUUUCCUCCCUUUGGACUCGUGUUGCGUCUGGCUGCUUCGCGAGUCCGCUGUGGAAAAGGACAGUUGAAUGCAGCCUCCGACGUGCACAAAAGAAUGGGUUUCCAUUCAAGGUGGCCAUUGGUGGGACCUGCACCAACGGCAUUGUGCCUGUGUGUGUUCAGCAUGCUGCUGUGCCUGCCGUCUCCUGCGUCAUGCACAACCUGCCCCCAGAAAUGCCGUUGCGAAGACCAGCAGUUCUACUGCGACACCCAAGGACUGGAGGCGCCCCCGGACGGCGUUGACAGGGGGGCCCUGGGGUUAUCGCUCCGCCACAACAGCGUCGCUGAACUGAGCCCGGACCAGUUCUAUGGCUUCUCCCAGCUCACCUGGCUCCACCUGGACCACAACCAGAUCACCACGGUGCAGGAGGACGCCUUCCAGGGGCUCUACAAACUCAAAGACCUCAACCUGAGCUCCAACCGGAUCACAAAGCUGCCAAACACAACCUUCAUCCACCUCAUCAACCUACAGAUCUUAGAUCUGUCCUUCAACCUGAUGACUGUGCUGGAGCCUGAGCUGUUCCAUGGUCUCCGCAAGCUGCAGAUCCUCCACCUGCGCUCCAAUUCGCUGCGCACCACCCCCGUCCGGGCCUUCUGGGACUGCCGUAGCCUUGAGUACCUGGGUCUGUCCAACAACCGGCUGCGAAGCCUGGCCCGGAACGGCUUCGCUGGCCUCAUUAAACUCAGAGAACUCCACUUGGAACACAACCAGCUGACUAAGAUCAAUCUGGCUCAUUUCCCCCGUCUGGUGGCUCUGCAGUUCCUUUAUCUGCAGUGGAACAAGAUCUCCAACCUGACCUGCGGUAUGGAGUGGACCUGGACCACGCUGGAGAAGAUGGACCUCACGGGGAACGAGAUCCGGGUGCUGACCCCGGACGUGUUCGAGACGCUGCCCAACCUGAAGAUCCUCCUACUGGAUAACAACAAGUUAGGCAGCCUGGACCCACUGGUCUUGGAUAUGUGGCGGUCUCUAGGUACCGUGGGGCUGUCCAGCAACCUUUGGGAAUGUACCAAAGGCAUCUGCUCGCUGGCCACUUGGCUUAGCACCUUCAAGGGGAGGUGGGAACACUCCAUCCUGUGUCACACCCCCGAGUACGCCCAGGGCGAGGAGAUACUGGACGCCGUUUAUGGAUUCCAGCUUUGUCUGAAUUUUACAAUGCCGCCACCUGUCGUCUUGACCACAACCACUAUGUCAAUGGUCACGGACUCGCCGACAGGCACGACGGCGGAGGUCACCAGCUCUCUGUUCGGAGUAAUGAAGCAGACACCCACACAGGGCUACUACGGGGAUUUGGGGCGCUUUACGACCGUAACGACAACCACCGCCGCGCCGCGCACCGCCCUGGCAACCACGGUGGAGGGCGGGAGUGGAGCGGCAGGGGGAGUCCCCGAGGACUUCUCGGAGACGGACAACACGGUCCUAACCCAGAGGGUGAUCAUCGGAACGAUGGUCCUUCUGUUUACCUUCUUCCUCAUCAUUUUCGUUGUGUUCAUCUCGCGGAAGUGCUGCCCUCCUACCAUGCGCAGGAUACGCCAGUGCUCGGCCAUGCAGAACCGCCGCCAGAUGAGGACCCAGCAGCGGCAGCAAAUGGCGGACCUGGCCACGCAGGUACCCUAUAACGAGUACGAGCCCAGCCACGAGGAGGGAGCGCUGGUUAUCAUCAACGGCUACGGGCAGUGCAAGUGUCAACAGCUGCCUUACAAAGAGUGUGAAGUAUAAACUAUGUAUUUCCCCCUGGAGCAGCAUAUGGGCUGUUGACCAUUCCAAACAAUACAGGGUUUGUUUUUUGCCCCCCAGUUUAUACAACAAAACACUUUCUACUCGUUAGCUCUGAGAAAUCAAUGCGAUUAGUAUAUUGAGUGGGAGAGUUGAUGACUGGUGGGUGGAAUGGACAGUGAAGAGACUGAUGAUGAUGAUGUAGUAGGAAUAGUCACCAUUUAUUUUUAUAUGAAUGCAAGAUUGUUCAUAUCAGAUAGCUGUGGGCAAUCAGUCUCCACAGGAAGAAAAGAUUGUUCAUAUCAGAUAGCUUGUGGGCAAUCAGUCUCCACAGGAAGAAAAGAUUGUUCAUAUCAAAUAGCUGUGGGCAAUCAGUCUCCACAGGAAGAAGACAAGAAAAAAAACCCUGGUAGACAAGAUGUGUCAACCCAUUACUAUCAGUCACUAUGUUCCACAGCACCAGAGAGAAGAAGAAGAUGACAUCUUCAGGUGUCUGGAGACGAAUCCCUCUUUACCACGAGACGGUAAGGCUACAGGUACACGGUCCGUAUCAUUUCCAAGGGGGACAUUUGAUUUUGAUGAAAUGUUUUGUUGUUGUUUUUUUUAAAGAUGCACAGUAGCCACCGUCUGUCACCAUCACAAACACUUGUUGGUACAGUAGCGAGUAUAUAAAAAGGGGUUGGUUAUUAAAUUAAAUGCUUCUUUUUUUGGUCACAAUUUGUUCAUUUUUUUUUUUUUGGUAAAUUUACUAUGAAUAUUGAAUAAAUGUUUAUUUAUGUCACAAUCUGAAUUAAAUCUCCAACGGAAAAUUGAAUCUAAAACAUUUA